GGAAUGGCCGAUGCAUUGGCAGAGAUGACGAAAAGGUCAGCAUAUUUCAUACAAAUUGAAGAAGAUGUCAAGAAUUAUGAGGCAGUGAUAAAGGAGUUGAAAACUUCCAUCGGGUCCUUCCAGCCAUCCGACAUGGCCGAGCUCAUCAAAUUCCACAAACACGUAGAAUCUCACCUCGAAAAGCUUACAGAUGAAACUCAGGUGCUAGCAAGAUUUGAGGAUUUCCCAAGCAAGAAACUGGAAGCUAUAAGGAUGUCAGCAACUCUGUAUCUAAAGUUAGAUGCAAUCGUAACCACUCUGCGCAACUGGCAAAUAGUCGCACCUGCUGGCAAACUCCUCGACAAAGCUGAAGCUUACUUCAACAAGAUCAAGGUAGAACUUGAUGCACUAGAGCGGACUAAAGACGAAGAGCUGAAGAGAUUCCAAGCUCAGAAAAUCAAUUUUGAUUUCGGAAUCCUAGUACGCAUCAAAGAAAUGAUGGUUGAUUUUUCUUCUAGCUGCAUGGAGCUGGCUCUUAAGGAGAAGAAAGAAGCAAUAAAAGAACACAAUAGUGGUGGGAAGAGUGUAUCAUCAAAGAUCCUAUGGAGGGCCUUCCAGUUUGCAUUUCGUGUCUACACAUUCGCCGGUGGACACGACGACCGCGCCGACAAGCUCACAAGGGAAGUGGCACAUGAAAUUGAGAGCCAUAACUAAUCAAAGACUACGCAGGAGACCAUCCCAAUGUUCGUUUUGUCACAUAAAAAGCCAAUCCCCACUCCCCAAAAACAAACACUAUAUGUAAAUAUAGAUGUUUGAGACGAUAUUUAUUGAACUUGUUGGCAUUUCCAAGUGUAUAUGGUUCAGUAAAUUAUUUCGUUUUAACAGCAAAGGUUGUGUGUC